AUGAGUCCCAGCUCUGAUGAUGUUCGUCACACGACGAACAAAAGCUCAGCCCAUCUUCAUUCGAAAAGUUGGAGGAUGUCAUGUGGAUUGCAUCAACCUGAACAUCGUAUUGAGGCUAAACGACUACAGGGCAACACGAAUCAGCCGUCGCCUUCUGACUCCUCACCAGUCUCAGCUGCCGAGGAACAGACGCUCGACCAAAAGAAAUCAACACAAACGACUGCUUCAUACCUCUGCUGGCGAGUGACUGGUGUGUGUGUUUGUGUGCGUAAGCAUACUUCUGAUAUUCGCUUUGCCUUAAUUGUUAUCCAUCCUUCCUGCUGUGAUGCUGCCUGCAACAGUUGGCCUGAUCCCCCCAGUGGUUUCUAA